CGGAAGAACAACGAAUAAACGAAUUACUCUCCAUAUAUGUGAAGUUAAGUACAAGUGACACCUAGACCGUUGGGCAAUGAAACUAUUAAGACUCAAUGCUAUUACUGGGUUGUUUGCAGUCACCCUCUGCGUCCUUUCCCUGACGUCUUACAUGCACCUCACGGCGAAGAGUUCCUUGACAUACCAAAGAGCAGCUAGCAAGGUAUUGACCGUUUUCUACAACAAUACAAAACACCUAUCAUAUCAAUUAACCCAAUGGCAUGAUACUCAUGGACCAGAUCAUUCGAGCACGUCAUUUUAUUCAGUUCAUCGACAAUCACUGCCAACUACAAAAGAACGUCGACAUAUAGCUUUUCUCAAAGUUCACAAGGCUGCAAGUUCAACAGCCCAAAACAUUUUUCUACGGUUUGCCAAAAAGCGAGACCUGCUAGUGGUAUUGCCGUUAGUUCCGAAAUUCUUUUAUCCAAAUGUAAUCAGUAUUACGGAAUCAGUGACGGAACAAAAUAUCCUCCCUGUCCCUGGGGAUAGGUUUUAUGAAAUCCUGUGCUGCCAUGUCAAAUACAACAAAGCUGCCUUUGCGCGGAUCAUGCCCCCUGAUACAGUUAAUAUCGGUAUUGUACGUGAUCCGUUUGACCACUUCAUAUCGACAUUAAAUUAUAUGCGACCAGUUGAAGUUUUCAAGAUAAACACUUCGGACCCUGUUUCUGCGUUCCUCGAGGAUCCAACCAAUUACCUAAAACGAACCACUAUGGGUUUCAUCAACAACUGGAUGGCUUUUGAGUUUGAUUUUCCAGCAGACCUUUUCGAAACUCGAGACGCAAAUGGUAUAGAACAAUAUCUACACAAGCUGAAUAGCGAAUUCCAACUGGUACUUAUUGUGGAAAUGUUCGACGAGUCCUUGGUUCUAAUGCGUAGAUUUCUCAACUGGGGAAUGAAGGAUAUCUUAUACGUAAAACUCAAUUCUAAAGGUAAAGUGUUCGAAAGGAUAACUUUCAAGCCAGGAGAUGUACAUUUAUACAAAAAAUGGGGCGAGCUUGAUUAUGCUCUUUACAGAUUCUUUUUCCGACGAAUACAGGUCCAAAUUCAGGAGCAAGGUCAAACAUUCUACGAUGAACUGCUGUAUUACAGAGUUAUACGCAAGGAUAUGGAGAUUUUCUGCGAAGGGAAUUUGACGUCUAACGCUACAUACCUUGUCCCUGCUUCAAGCUGGAGUGAUGUUUUUGAAAUUACUAAGGAAGACUGUGCAAACAUGAAGAAAAGAGAAAUACCUUUCAUUAAAGAAAUACGAAUGCAACAGUACGGAUUUUUCAAUGACACAAUCAAACCUGGCUAAAAUCUUCCAAACGAUCAAUUUUGUACGGUGGUUAAUUUAGGACAUAAACAAAAUAUUAUUUCCUACAUUUAUUAUCUCGAGCACUCUACUUAUUAUCUCAAACGCUGGACUAAGACUUUACGAAUUAAUCGUUUCAUAAUGGUAUUUUUAUGCAAUCGUGAUAGCAGAAAUGUUGUGUCGAGCGCGUGAGAAGUUAUGUCGAGCACUCGCAAUAGUAAGUCGAGCGAUCGGCAUAAUAUGUUGAGCGCAUGAUAUGAUUAAUGAAGUAACAAGUAUUGUACAUGUCCGAAACGUACCAACAUAGAUUUGCUUCCUUGUUUUCACUUGUAGUAGUGAGUAUGUGUUUGACCUACAAUUACUUAAUAACUGUUUAAGUAGAGAGUGUCUGAAUAGGGUAUCUGAGUAGGGUAUAUCAUCAAAUGUGUUCAAAAAAUAAUAAAUCAAUAUGAAUACGAUGUUAUUUCGAUUGUACCAUUUAAUUUGGCAUCGGAGACAAUAGCAUAUUUUAAAGAGCGUUUUCAUUGUUAAGAUAUGAAGCGUUGAUUUCAGUAUGGUUUCUUUCUGGAGCUAAUGAUAUCGUUUGAUUGUAUUACUGAUGUAGAAUGGCAAUAAAAAUCAAUAAUCAAUGGUAGCAGAGUACAGUAGAAAUGGCUUGAUCCUAAAAAUAA